AUGCGUGAAAUUGUGCACAUCCAAGCUGGGCAAUGUGGCAAUCAGAUCGGUGUGAAGUUUUGGGAAGUCAUCUCUGAAGAGCACGGCAUCGAUUCAACAGGAACGUAUCGAGGUGACUCGCCACUGCAACUGGAACGGAUCAAUGUGUACUAUAAUGAAGCCAGUGGAGGAAAUUAUGUGCCACGGGCGAUCCUUGUCGAUUUGGAACCUGGCACAAUGGACAGUGUGCGUGCGGGAGAAUUCGGGGCGCUGUUCCGUCCGGAUAAUUUUGUAUUCGGACAGAGUGGUGCCGGGAACAAUUGGGCCAAAGGACACUACACAGAAGGAGCCGAAUUAGUCGAAUCAGUAGUGGAUGUUAUCCGGAAAGAGGCCGAGAACUGUGAAUGUCUUCAAGGAUUCCAGCUUACACAUUCGCUUGGUGGCGGUACAGGGUCCGGAAUGGGUACUUUACUCAUCUCGAAAAUUCGGGAAGAAUACCCUGAUCGAAUCAUGGUUACUUUUUCUGUGUUGCCGUCCCCAAAAGUUUCGGAUACAGUCGUGGAACCUUAUAAUGCCACACUCUCCGUGCAUCAGCUUGUGGAAAAUACAGAUGAAUCGUUCUGUAUUGACAACGAGGCACUGUACGACAUUUGCUUCCGUACCCUGAAACUGACCUCGCCGACCUAUGGUGAUCUGAACCAUCUAGUCAGUGCCACUAUGUCUGGAGUGACAACCUGUUUACGAUUCCCCGGCCAGUUGAAUUCCGAUUUGCGCAAAUUGGCCGUGAAUAUGGUCCCGUUCCCUCGGUUGCACUUCUUUAUGCCCGGUUUCGCUCCACUCACUAGCCGGAGCAGUAAACAGUACCAGGCACUCACAGUGCCCGAACUUACACAGCAAAUGUUUGACGCGAAAAACAUGAUGGCCGCCUGUGAUCCGCGUCACGGACGUUAUCUAACUGUGGCAGCCAUUUUCCGGGGUCUGAUAUCCAUGAAAGAAGUUGAAGAACAAAUGCUCAAAGUGCAAAAUAAGAACUCCAGUUACUUUGUUGAGUGGAUUCCAAAUAAUGUGAAAACAGCUGUGUGCGAUAUUCCUCCCCACGGUCUGAAAAUGUCCUCCACAUUUAUUGGAAAUAACACGGCUAUUCAGGAGCUGUUCCAACGUAUCUCUGAACAGUUUACUGCCAUGUUCCGGCGAAAGGCUUUCUUACAUUCGUAUUUGGGUGAGGGUAUGGAUGAUAUGGAAUUCACCGAGGCCGAAUCAAACAUGAACGAUUUGGUCAGCGAAUACCAGCAAUACCAGGAAGCCACGGCUGACGACGGCGUGGACUAUGAAGAACCGGCAGAAGAGGACGAGUAA